UAUUGUACCAUCAAUGAUGACGGUAUGCUCGUUCUUAAAAAAGAUCACAAAUACUUUUAUCAAGUAAUGGGUCAAUUGCGGAUAACUGGUAGAAAGUGUUGUUAUUUUGUGAUACACACAAUGCAAUGGACCAAUAUUCAAAACAUUUAUUACGACAAUGAAUUUUGGAACACUAAAAUGGUUGAUAAAUUAAAAAUGUUUUACGUAGAAUGUUUGCUUCCGGAAAUAGUUGAUCCUCUUUAUGGAAAGAGAAUGCAAAUUGAAGACAUCAGAGAACCAGCUCGUAUAACAGAGGCAAAAGAUUUG